UUCAGUUGAAAAUUCGAGGAGAAGAAGAAGAAGAUAACAAUGGCGGUGACCAAUCAAAAGUCGUUCGAAGACCAGGCGCUUAAGAAGAGGAACGAGGAGCUGGAGCAAGAGCUGAGGCGGAGCCGGGAGAGAGAGGAGGAGAUGAGGACGGAGCUUCUCAAAGCUUGGAAGAGGCUCCGCAUCGCCGAGGACGCCGAAGAGAGGCUCUGCUCUCAGCUCGGCGACCUCGAAGCCGAGGCCGUCGAUCAGGCGCGUACUUACCACGCGCGGAUCGUCUCCCUCGUCGAUCAGCUCUCCCGCGCCCAGCAGCUCCUCCACGCCGCCGCCAUUUCGAUCCCUCCCUCCUCCUCCGCCUGAGGCUUGGUUGGUCGUGAAGAUCUUGAAGCGUAGAAUAAGCCGUUCGUUCGUUUUUUCAAGACCUCGUUUCCACAUCUUUGAUUUUGAUUGUAUAAUUUACAGUUUUUUUUUUUCUUUUUAUGUAAAUUUAUUGUGUGAUUUAAUUUUCUUUGAUAUCAGUUUAUUCCAAAAUUCAGUAAUUAAUUAAUGAGAAACAAUAAUAAUAAUAAUUAAUCAAAACUAUUAUUAUUAGUUGCUUGGAUGUGAAGAUGAAGAAAAUGAUUUAUCCAAAUCCACACUGCAUGCAAAUGAGAUAGUUCGUUUUCAACUUAACGACACGAAAUUACGAUUUUGACCUUCAAUUUCGGCCACUGGUAAUAAGUAACGUGC